CAAUGUUCCAUCUCGGAAGCAGCGAACUGAAGCAUUGCCAAUCAUGUACUCCCACCACCUCCUCGAGGACACCCCGUCGACUUCAGCGGCUUCGUCCCCAGCGGAUCAUCCGCCGGCUCUCGAGACCGCCAUGGCAGGCACUCCGUUCGAUCCGGAGCACGCGUAUACACAUGAGGAGGUAGCACCGAGGGGUGUCGAAGAGGAUCUCUUGGGGUCAGAGCUUGUGGAGCAGGCGCACUUCGACGAGGAACCCCCGCUACCCGUACCACCUCCCGCAGCAACACGUGGCGCAUCUCCCGUCGAAAGGAAGGUUGGGCCUGAGUCGCCGGCGCUGGGCCCAGAACUGCUGGUGGACACGGACUUACCGGAGAGCCCGGAGAUGCAGGAGCGCGGUCAUGUGCGGUCCCCUGUGCUUGCACGGGAGCCCUCUGCCCUAGAGUCCUUCUCGCGUACGAUUCGUGGCUAUGUACCAUCGUCCAUCCCGAUACCGUCUGUCGCCCCGACACCCCCGCGAGUUUCCCGCCCGCUGUCUUUUGGCACGCUCCUAACACCAUCACGUGAUGUCUCCUUACCGUCGCCGUGCAGCCCAGACACAGCCUUCGGAGAGACCACAAAGCGACGUGGGAGCGACGUGAGCACCGUCCAACGCGCCCGGUGGCGUGAGCGGCAGCUUACCUUAGAAGAUUCCGCCGUUUUCAGUCUCGACGAAGAAGUCGUAUCUGAAGCGGUUCAACCGACUUUAGCGGCGCGCUAUCCAAGUUCAAACUCCGGGGAGGACAUCGUGUGGUCGAAAUGGGAUGACUUCGAGGUAAACGGCGUCGGUUCCAGCCGGGUGUUGCUGGUCGGAUAUCACAGCGGGCUGCAAAUGUGGGAUUGUUCCAAUCUCGGGUCUAUCUCUGAGAUUCUGAACCUCUCCGGGCCCGAAUGGUGCAAUAUCCAAAUGGCUGCGGUUCUUCCUAACCCUAAUCCCCUUGUGGCGGGCUCUGUUGAUCCUUUGGCGAACCAGCGUCCUGCAAUCGGCAUAGUUAAGUCCUCAAAGCCGGACCUCGCAGAGUUCCUCGUCUACUCUUUGCGCUCACACUCUAUCGUCAAGUCUGUCAAGUUACCAUCCCUUAUAUCCUUCAGGGCUUCGCCUGAUUUCGUUGUACUGAGUGCGACACAACCUUCUUCACUUCAUAUCUUGUCAUCACGGACUCUCAUUCCACUGUAUACUAUCCCUUCUUCAUCGCUCGUUACAUUCGCACACCGCAUUUCAUCAACGUCAGAAAUGAACACUGUAUUAUCGCCCAACGUAGACCCGUCUCUCCACUCCGUUCAGCACUCAGCGAUACCUUCUCCUAUAUUCUCGCUAUCUAAUCGGCUCCUUGCGUAUGCCUCGCCGCCCCCGAAGCUCGAGUCGCCUCUCGAGUCACCGUCUAGGCUUCCGCGCACGGCUUCCCAGAGCUCUGAUGACAAUGCUCUCAAGUUCCCCACUACCCAAGCCGAGCUUGGCUCCGCGGCGGUGAAGAUCGGGGGCAGCGUCCUAAGCGGCAUGAAGGUCCUCGGUGGCAUGGCGUUUACUGCUGCGCGGGCGGGUGUCUCAGCUGCGGCGACAGCAGCAGAGCGCAGGUAUUCCACUGACGCGAACGCCACCGCUGCCACGCCCGGCAAGUUUUUCUCCAGGAGUGCACCUGCCGCUAGCGGACGAGACGAGCAGCACCAUGCCCGGACAAGUGUUGAUGCCACUUCCGAUACUAUAGAACUCCCCAACGACGAUAAACAAGGUCCAGUCGACGUUGUCCACCACGUCACAGUCGUCGACCUCGCGUCUCUGAUCGCUCCGAACGCUCCGCAAGGGCCUGCACGCGUUGCGGAAUUCCUAAUUGGGAAGGAUCAGCCUAUCAGCCAACUCCAGUUCUCCCCCGAUGGCACGUCGCUCAUGGUUGCAAUGCGCGGUGGACAUGUCAUGAGAGUCUAUCAGCUACGGCCCACACGACGACAUCCCGGCAGUUCUAUGAACGAAGACGUGGGGCUUCGUUCACCGUGGCACGUCUACGAUCUGCGUCGCGGGCGUACGUCAGCUAUCGUCGACAGUCUCACCUGGGAACACGACGGACGCUGGGCGGCCGUUGCAACAGAGAAAGGGACUGUACAUAUUUUUGCCACAAACCCGUACGGUGGACCGUCAGAUGAGAAGAGUCACCUCGACGGACGAGUAAUUAACGCUAGGGAGGUGCAGCCAUUGUCUACGGAGAUCCAUCCUACCGUCCGUUUGCGUGUGCAGCGGCCUCAAGGCCCAGAUACAACCACGGUACCCCUGGCAUUCAUGUUCAUUCCACAGUCAAUGAACUUACCGUCGUCGCUGUCAUCACAACACCCACACUACCAGGACACUUUGCUAUUUGACCCGCGCGAUGGUAUGCUGUCGCUACGGCGGAUCUCGCUGUUGAAGCAGACCCGCGAACGCACUACGUCCACCUUCGGUACCGUGCCGCUUCCCGGAGGUACGAGCAUCUCGCUACCAGGGGUAAGCACCCUCAGCGGCGCGCAGGCCCCAGCCGGAACUGCUCGCACGCCGUCCGCGCUGACGAAGAUGAUGGCGCGUUCGACGGAGCUUGUCGCGAACGAGAAUGUCGUUGCGACCUGGAUGCUGCGCAGGUCGAAGGACUGGAGGGAGAUCCGACGCUCGCUGCGUACACCUCAGUCUUGGAGGCGUCUGGCGCAUGUCGCCAAGCCUGACUGGAUCGCACAAGCGGAGCUGUCAACGUAUUCGCGGUCGACGCGCAUUGUGCCUCGUUCUCUAUAUCUGGCUCAUCAAUUCUCCUUCUAUAUUCUUGAGGAGGACUACCACGGACUGCUACGCAGCUACAAUUUUGACGUCCCUGCUAGCAAGGUUGAAGUUCGCAGACAGAUUGAAGUCAAUGCAUCGGGCUCGUCAAUGAGCGAGUCCUUCGUCUCUGGCUCUUCGCUUCCGUCGCAGUCGGGCUUCUCUACGUCGUUCGACGAAGCGGUCUCGGCAGACAUGCGAAUGUUGAAGCCGUCGCCACCGGUACUUCCGAUGUAUCCUAAUGGCCCUCCACGCUCAUACAGGAACCCGAUCCCGAUUCGCAACGUCGCGGCGGGAAUCAGCGACGGCAUGUCCGAGGGACUAGGGCGGCUUCGUCGCGAGAUCGGCAAGGUGCGCUCGCCACGCCUCGCACCGAAACGUGACUCGCUUUUGGGAUUGGUGCCACUCGAGUUUGACGAGGAGGACGAGGACUUCGUGCUGCGUGUUCCGGCAAGCAACGCUGACGACCGCGAUGACACCAUGUCACGUGGAACGUCGAGGGAAGGCGCGUCUCUUUCAACACCCUCGACGAACAUCGAGCCGCUGCCAGCCGAGGACGACGAGGACGCAGUCUGGGAGGGCUGGGGACCAGAGGAUAAACAGGCGGUGGAGGAGAUCGAGCAAUUUGAUGACAUUGCAGUUGGUUUCAUGGAUGAGGAUACAGAGCUCGUGCAGCCUGUACGGCGUCGCUGAAUGCUUUCGUCGCCAUUGCCUAGAAGAGCGGCUCGGGCGAGGAGAUGUACGGUAUGAGGCAGAGAGUAAUCCCGGAACAAGCUAUAGCUGUAUAGUUAAUCACAGGAUCAUAGGGCGAGGUAGUAAGUUGUACAACUACAUAUGCUGUGAAGGUAAUGGAGGAGCAUGUAUGGCAUGGAUAGUACCAGUCAGGGAAUGCUAAUGCUCGACAUUUACUGUGC